AUGAAUCGCGGAAGGAAAAGCUACUGUGGUGCCCCCCCAAAGCUGGUUCGGGAAGGUGGAAUACAGCAGCAAAACGUCAUUCCGAAGAACCCCGCCAGGUGGGGGUUUUUUGGUGAGCUUCCGAUGGAGGGAAAGACCGACAUUGGAAGCCCAUCGAAUCCACUGGGGAGCAACGAGCGAGGCACUCUGACUGAUUCGGUGUCCGCUGCUGCUCCUGCUGCUGCUGCUGCUGUUCUGUUGGGUCGCUCAUUAUUUACCCCUCGUUCUCUUCUUCCUUCUCCUCUUUCCCUCCCCAUCAUCCUCUCCAAAAUCUUGAAUUUACCCCUAGGUCCAAGGUAA